CUAGGGGGUGCGUCAGGGAAUCUGUGCAAUCUGGCAACACGCCAGCAACUUGUAGUCGAACCCGCGCAGCCUGAUCUCACGGCUCAGCAAUCGGCCGCCGGGUUUCUAGAGAUCUGGUAUUUCUUUUGCCCCAAUUGCAAUCCUUCUACUCUCUAAUUUAGCGUCACCAAACCACUCGAUUCGCGGGACUUUGCGCGUGGCAAUCGUCGCUUCCCCUCGGCCUCUGCUUUGCUCCUACCACCUACCACCUACCACCUACCACUUACUCGUCACCUCUGUCCGCCUGCCAUCCGCCCGCCAUGGUUCGGCUGAGGGAGAUUCCGCGGACGGCGGCCUUUGCCUGGUCUCCCGGCGCCAACCCGCUUCUCGUUACGGGCACCCGGUCGGGCGCCGUCGAUGCCGACUUCUCGGACGAGACCAAGCUCGAGCUAUGGGACCUCAAGCUCGACAGCUCUGACCAGGGUCUCGAGCUCCAGCCCCUGACUAGCAUUACUACCGAAUCUAGGUUCUACGAUAUCGCAUGGGGCCUGCCCAGUGCCGAACAUCCCCGGGGCGUUAUUGCUGGCGCCAUGGAGAACGGACUGCUCGAAUUGUGGGAUGCCGCAAAGCUCAUCGCCGGCGAAGACGCACUCAUGUCGCGCACUGCAAAGCACACGGGCCCCAUCAAGUCGCUGCAGUUCAACCCGCUGAGGCCCCAGGUCCUUGCCACGGCAGGCGCCAAAGGCGAGCUAUUUAUCUGGGACAUCAACGACCCUUCGAUAGCCUUCCGCCUAGGCACCGCCGCGGCCCAUGAUCUCGAAUGCGUAGCCUGGAACCGGAAGGUCGCAAACAUUCUGGCAACCGGCAGCGCGGGAGGGUUCGUUACGGUCUGGGACUUGAAGACGAAGAAGGCCUCCCUGACUUUGAACAACAACCGGAAGCCUGUCAGCGCUAUUGCCUGGGACCCCAACAACUCGACAAAUCUCUUGACGGCCACUUCCGACGACAACACCCCCGUCGUCCUUCUCUGGAACCUCAGGAACUCGCAGGCGCCCGAGAGGACCCUCCAGGGCCAUGACCAGGGCGUGCUUUCGCUGUCGUGGUGUCAACAAGACCCUGGUUUGUUGAUAUCGUGCGGAAAGGACAACCGAGCCCUGGUGUGGAAUCCACAGACGGGCGAGCGUUAUGGGGAGUUUCCAGAGGCAACCAACUGGACCUUCUCUACGCGCUUCAACCCCGACAACCCGGAUUUAACGGCUACCGCGUCGUUUGAUGGCAAGAUCACAAUCCAGACGCUGCAGAAUACCAAUCCUUCAGCCUCGCCGGCAGCUCAGAACAACCUUGAUGAUGAUGAUUUCUUCUCCAAGGCCCCGACUCAGCUUCAGGUGGCAUCCUUUUCUCUUGCGAGGCCACCAGCUUGGCUGGAGCGUCCUGUCGGUGUCUCCUUCGGCUAUGGCGGCAAGCUUGUUAUAUUCAAAAAGAACGACACAGCUCCUGGUCAACCGCGGUCUUCGAAGAUUCAAAUAUCAGGGUUCUCUGUUGACUCGGACAUUGGCUCAGCCACCGAGGCCUUUGAAGCAGCGUUCAAGACUGGAGACAUCGCCAGCAUCUGCAAGACUCAUCGGCAGAACGCGAAGACUGAAGAAGAGAAGGCUGAAUGGCAGGUGUUGCAAACGCUGAGCGGUUCGGAUGGGCGCACCAAGAUCGUGGAGUACCUCGGGUUUUCCAAAGACGAGGACCCACCUAACGGCGCCGAGGAAUCCGAGGCCCCCGAAGCCACGGUGACCGAGACUAAGGAACCCGAGCCAUCUUCGCUGUUGCAGCCCAACGGGGCUGCGUCGCCCAAGAAGCAUAAGCGGGUGACGAGCAUGUGGGGUGAUGCCGACGAUGGCGAUGAUUUCCUGUCUGACCUUGCCUCCACGAAGGGAGCGAAGACCGACAAGCCCUUUCACAUCUUGGGUGAGGGAAAUACUGGUCUCGAAGAUCAAAUCACCAAGGCCAUCAUUCUUGGUAAUUUCGACAAGGCCGUUGAUAUUUGCUUAAAGGAGGGGAGGGUGGCGGACGCUUUUAUUCUUGCCAACUGCGGCAGCAAGGAUCUUGUGGAGAAGGUGCAAACGGCAUAUCUUGCGGAAAAGCAGGGGAGCCCAAGCUACCUGCGACUCAUCAGCUCCAUUGUGGCCAAGAACCUCUGGGAUGUCGUGCACAAUGCCGGUCUCUCGAGUUGGAAGGAGACUAUGGUCACGCUGUGCACGUUUGCCGACCCGUCAGAGUUUCCCGAUCUUUGCGAGGCCCUGGGCGACAGGAUCUACGAGUCGGGUUCCAGAAAAGAUGCGUCUUUCUGCUUCCUCGUCGGGUCCAAGUUAGAGAAGGUUGUGGGCAUCUGGAUCGCCGAGUUCGAGGAGGCAGAACAGGCGGGCAUGAAAGAGUCUGGCGACGACUCGACCUUCUCGGUCCACGCCAGAUCGCUACAGCAGUUUAUCGAAAAAGUCACCGUCUUCCGUCAUGUGACCAAGUUUGCCGACGAUGAGAAAAACCUCACCAGCGGGUGGAAACUUGCGGCUCUGUAUGACAAGUAUACCGAGUACGCGGAUGUCGUGGCUGCUCAUGGGCAACUCGCCAUUGCACAGAAAUAUCUCGACCUCCUCCCAAACAACUUCCCAGCGGCUGAAGUCGCCCGAAACCGUGUCAGGCUCGCCUCCCAGAAGGCCGCUCCUCAGGUCGCGACCCGGCAGCCUGCGGCCACCCGACAGCCGGCACCAUCCGCCCGAUCCUCGUCUCGUGCAACACAUGCUGCCUAUCAACCCCCGGCAGCUGUUGCUCCUGUUGGGCCGAGCCCUCUGAACCCUUACGCUCAGACUGCUCAGCCUCAAGCCUCUGCUCCUGUGGCUAAUCCAUAUGCGCCUUUGAAUGCAGGGCAAUAUCAGCCCCAAGGGUUAUCAGCGUAUGCUCCUCCCGGAUAUGCGCCCUCUCCCCCGUCAGUUGGAAGUUAUGCACCUCCCCAAACAUAUCAGUCGCCCAACCUGCAUGGGGCGCCUCCACCUCCUCGAAGCGUGGGUCCGCCGCCAAAGGUCAACAAGGACGUGGGUAACUGGAACGAUGUCCCGGUCGUCUCAAAACCCCCUCCGGUCCGCAGAAGCACCCCAAGCGUUGUGCCAGUAAACUCGCCCUUCUCUGGACAGCCCGGCUUGCAAUCCCCGCUGCUGGCUGGCCCCUAUCAGCGAAGCGUGGCCACACCGCCCCCACCACCUCCCAAGGGGUCUGCGCCUCCUCCCCGGAGUAUGGCAUCCCCGCCUAUGGGCCCCCCGCAGCCCAGCUACCAAGGAGCAAGGCCUUCGUCGGUAGCAUCUAAUACUGCGCCAAAUCCGUAUGCGCCUCAGGGCGGGCUAGGCUCUGGCUUGCCAAAUACCCUGACGGGACAGGCCGUUCCCAGAACCUCCUCUCCUUAUAACCCUCCGCCCACAGGUACGCCUCCCUCGAGCAGAUAUGCACCCGCGCCCGCGCCACAGCAGUUCAACCAAGGCGUUUCGCCCCAAUCAACUGCUCCUCCGUCAUUUGCCCCUCUAGCUCCUCCCCCCUCCAGCCCGUAUGGUCCGUCUUCCCAGCAGACAGCGACACCUCCACAACAGUACCCGCCGCCGCCUCAAGGCUCUCGGCCCCCUGGGGGUCCUCCGCCGUCUGCAGGACCUCCGGCGGCUGUUAGGUCGCCUGCGAUGUCGUCGCCGUCUGCCCCACCAGCUAGGGAGAGAUACCCUCCCGGGGACCGGUCACACAUCCCUCCUGAUGCGCAGGAGCUAGUAGGGAUUUUCAGUGCGGAUAUGCAGCGGGUGGCGUCCAAGGCUCCUGCGUCGUUUGCUCCUCAAGUAAAGGACACGCAGAAGAGACUUGGUCUCCUAUUUGACCACCUCAACAACGAAGAGCUGGUCAAGAAGGAGACGAUUGACCAGCUAACCCAGCUGGCGGGGGCACUCUCGGCCAGGGAGUAUGACGCGGCACACCGCAUGCAGGUGGAAAUACAACGCGAUAGAACAGAAGAGUGUGGGCAGUGGAUGGUUGGAGUUAAACGUCUGAUUACCAUGAGCAAGGCCACACCGUGAGCGCGAAGGGCAGAGUGUAGCAUGCAUAGUAAUUAGUUCCUAGAAGAAUGUAAUCAUGCCGCAGCAGAAAUGGGCAAGGUAGAAUUAUCAGUCGAUGCGAUUCUUUCCCGGCCCGCCUCUUGGAGUUGCGAUGCAUGAGUGUAUUCCGUAGACAAGUGUAGUAUAAUAGUUGAAAAUCUUGUCCUCUAAUCAAGAAAGAUAAACUAGAGAAUGGAGUGACUGCUUCUCCUGGCAUUUAAGCUUGUCGGGUCUUGCCUUUCUUGUGAUGCGGCAGCGUGUGUUGUCCUUCUCUUGCCACACGUUUGUUGUUGAUUGGGAAAGGGGAAGGGGUCAAGGUUUUAUUGUGGGGUUUUGGAUAGGUCAGCGAGUCCCGAUUAGAUAAGGGAUUAGCAGUGUGGUUGUCACUCUUGCAGCGUAAAUUAUCAAACCACCA